ACGGUUUUUAAUAUUGUGUACCCGAUAGCCACUACUCACCAGCGUCUCGUCGUUUCGAAGUCAUAGAUAUUGUGAAAUUAGUAAAUACUAAGUAUCCUCAUUGAUCGAUUUGGUGACAGAAACUUGUUUGAUUUAACCGUUAUCGUUUGACAUGUCGAAAAAGAACAUCGUGUUCGUUACAGGCAAUGUCAAAAAGUUGGAAGAAGUGAUGCAAAUGUUUAAUAAUUUUUACAAAGAUUCCGUUCCUUUUGACUUGUCUAAUAGGAACAUUGACUUGCCUGAACAUCAAGGGGAACGUGACGAAAUAUGCAAAUUGAAAGCUCGGGCGGCUUUUGAUAUUAUAAAGGGUCCUUGCAUUGUUGAAGAUACUAGUCUGUGCUUCAACGCUAUCGGUGGAUUGCCAGGUCCAUAUAUCAAAUGGUUUUUAAAAGCAACCGGUCCUAUAGGUUUAUAUCGUAUGCUCAAAGGAUUUGAAGAUAAAACCGCCAUGGCUGUAUGUACAGUUGCUUAUGUUAACGAACAGGGUGAAGUGAACAUUUUUAGUGGUGAAACUGAUGGUACAAUUAUAGAGCCAACCGCAAUUGAAACUUUUGGAUGGGACUCUUGUUUUAAACCGAAUGGAUAUGAGAUAACAUAUGCAGAAAUGCCUAAAGAACAAAAGAACCUAAUAUCACACAGAAUGAAGGCAAUGUAUAAAUUAAAAGAGUUUCUCGACCACAAUGUAAUUAUAUAAAAAAAUGUACACAUUUAAUUUUAUUUUUUAAAUAAAUAUUGUUU